AAGAAUAAUUUGAUUAAUUUAACAAUGAAACGGAAAACAAGCGAGAUUUGGUGCUUUUUCCGAGCGGUGGACGACACAUUUGCCCUUUGCAACAUCUGCAAAGCCAAGCUCUCUUACAAAACAACCACCACCAAUUUAAGCAAACAUAUGAAUAGAAUGCAUCCGACAUCAUCGCUGUCCCAAAGUCAUAAAUAUAAAUAUAAAUAUCAAUCACAGUCAAGUGUUGUUGAUCGGAAUAAGGGAAAGCCACGAAACCCCGCUCAGGAAGUAGUCUUGCUAGACUUUGUGAAGAAGCAUCCUCGAUUGCUACAACUCCCUUCUUGGGAAACACGUAAUGCCGCAGAAUCUUUAUGGGAACAACUGGCAUUAGAGUUGAACAGAAAUGGCCCACCACGAAAAGAUGUGGCUACAUGGAAGAAGGCGUUGAAAGACUGGAAAAGGUUCAUUCUUAAGAAAGUGGAGAAAAACGAAUUGCUUAAUCUGCCUUUUGAAACGAGCCUCAGUUCUUCUGAGGAAACUAUAGCAACGCUAUGUCGUAUACACGAUGAUGUUAGUCAAUUGAUUUUGAAAGUACCAGACGAUGAUGACAUGCAUGAUAACUCAAAUACCGAAUAUGAUGUGGAAGAUGUGGUGCCAGAGGAGGAUCCCAGCGCCUUGCACAGUGCAUCCGAAUACAUCUAUGAGCCAGAGGAUUGCAAGAUCGAUAUAGACCCGCUUUACCUGCAAGCAGGCAAAAAAGCAACAGUGACAGGAAGAACAACCGAAGAGCACAGCUUGCUGGAAAAAUUAAGCAGCAGCAUUGGUUUGGUCAACGACGCCACCAACAGUGUCCAUCUGGCGCUCAGUGAGUUUUGCGGUAUGUUAAAGGAAAAAUUGUUAGAAGAUAAACGUCACCACUUAGCGAUGGAACAGUUGACGGCGGAAAAAAUUGAGUUAAAAAAAAAGCUUCUAGAAAUUGAGCAGAAGAAACUUUCACUAAAAUGACUGGACUUGUAAUAAAUUGAUAGUAUACUAAAGAAAUAGAUUGUAUAAAACUGUUAAGUGAUUUUGAAUUAAGACCCCAUUUAAAUGAAA